AUGGCAAUCCGGGAGGACGUCGUGGCCUCUGCGGUCAAUUUCUUACAAGAUCCUAACGUGGUUUCUUCCCCCAUCGAGAACAAGCUAUCUUUCUUGCGAUCAAAGAAUUUAACGCAAGAGGAAAUCGAUAUCGCUUUCGCAAGGAGCGGUUCAUCGAUAGUUCCUGUUCCCGCUUCAUCCUCACCAUCACCAUCGCCAUCACCAGCGCCCUCCGCUCCCGCCCAAAGCCAGCCAUACUAUGGCCAAUACCAGACGCAGCCUUACGGAUGGCAAGCGCCACCAGAUGUCCCUAAGAGAGAUUGGCGAGAUUGGUUUAUUAUGGCCACUGUGGUGGGCGGAGUUAGUUACGGAUUAUAUACUGUUUCCAAGCGUUACCUUUACCCCCUAGUCUCGCCUCCGACACCGGAGAAAUUAGAACAAGAUAAGUCGAUGGUGGACGAACAAUUCGAGAAGGCCUUCGCGACGCUCGAACAACUAUCGAAGGACACAGAGGAGCUAAAGGCCUCAGAAAGAGAGCGCACUGAUAAGCUCGACAAGGUGCUAGAUGAGUUAGACAUAUUCAUGCGAGACACGAAAUCUGCUAGCCGACGACACGAAGACGAGACGGACCGACUACGCGAGGAAAUGAAGGCCUUAAAGGGGAUCAUCCCCAGUUCUAUGACUGCGAAUAAGGAAUUCACAGACAACCGAUUAAAGGAGAUCACCACCGAAGUCAGGAGUCUGAAGUCUCUCAUCAGCCAGCGAAUGAGUAAUUCCAGCAGCACUAGCCCGGCCCCGCCCUCUGUCAACACAAACGGCUUCCUUAAGCCGACUGUCAACACCGUUGCGCCCCCUACUGCUAGCGGUGCCUCGAGCCCUGGUGUUGAUAUGCUAGCAAAGGAUCUCAGCAACGCGAAGCAGGCAGUACGAGACGAGAACUCGCCUCAGAGUAACGGCACUAGGCAGGACUUCUUCUCGACGCGAACGUCUCCCUUCGCAAGCGGAAUGCCUCCUACAAAGGCAUCGAUUCCCGCGUGGCAGCUAGCAGCGAGCAAGUCGGACGCCGCUGCGAGCGGUUCGCAGAACGAAGCUGGACCUAGCACUAGCUCUUAA